AUGUCAGUAAAGGUGUGUGCUUGGGCCCUAUCAAGUAAUCGAGACGGAUGUCUCAUACAUGCCUUCGACUAUGGAGUGAUUGUCAGCACGCUUAAAGUUUCUGUGCGUGUUAUUGGCCAAUCAGAAGAGCCCGAUUCGAGAGUGGAAUGUGGUGUGAAAAAGGAAAACUUCUAG